AACUAUAAGGAAGAAGAAGUAGUCUUUCGCCCCUUCCUCUUUCGCCCUCUCAUCUCUCCGCCGCAUCACCUUCCGGCACACCACAUCACUAUAUUCAGUCUAUUAUAAGCUCUAUCUGACCGCUGCAUCCAGCAUUUUCUCCAUUGAACAUCACCGGUAUUCAGGUCGUCUUUCAGAAUGAAAGGAGCGAAAUUAGCCGUGGUUUUGAGCCUGUUUUUGGCCUUCGUCCUGCUGACUGAGGCUGCGCGAAGCAAGAGAGACUCUAGCAGCCAGAACAGCUUCAGGAGGGCGGCAAGCGGCUUCUACCAAACCCUCAGCAAUAUCUUCGGAGAGGAAAACAUCAGAGCGCUGCACAAGUUCUUCUCAAAAACUACAGAGAGGUUUGUUCAUGGAGUCGAUUCAUUUUUGGACACUUUGUGGAAACUGUGGGUGGAUCUGCUUGAUGUUAUGGGCAUUGACUCCUCUAACCUGACUCACUACUUCAGCCCAUCAUCCGUGUCCAGUUCUCCUGCUCGCGCUCUCCUCCUGGUGGCAGCCUUGCUGGUGGCUUACUGGUUCCUGUCCUUGUUCCUGAGUGGCUUCUUUUACAUCCUUCACGCGGUGUUCGGCCGUUUCUUCUGGCUGGCCCGCGUAGCGCUUUUCGCCCUCUCGUGCCUGUACAUUCUGCAGAAAUUUGAGGGCGACCCAGAGAAGGCGGUGCUGCCGCUGUGCUUCAUCAUGGCUGUGUACUUCAUGACGGGACCGGUGGGAGCGUACUGGCGGAAAGGAGGCGGACCUGGAACUCUGGAGGAGAAGAUCGACCAGCUCGAUACCCAGAUCCGCCUACUCAACAUCCGCUUGAGCAGAGUGAUUGAAAACCUAGAGCGCUCCAGUGACCAAUGAAGUUUUUCCCCCCAGCCUAAGGGUUAGACCUUGGGUUUGUGGGAUGGUAUGAGAAGAAAAAAAGGUUGUUUUUUUUAUUGUUUUUUUUUUUUUGUCCCCUUUUUCUCAGGAUGUCCCAACAUUUUAGUCAGGCAAGAAUUGUAUGUGACAUAUUGUAUGGAAAUUUGAUAAAUUCUCCAGUUGAUAUACCGAAAUGAAUCCAUUAUGUUCACCCUAUUGUCGUAGAAUGUAUUAUCAGUGUCCAUUUCUACUGUAGCCGCCCAUUUUUGAGUAAAUAUCAGGACUUUUUUUGUAUACUGUGGGUCUGUGUGUGUCUGCAAGCCUUGAGUUGAGUGUGUUGUUCCAUUGCAUAGUGUUACGCCUUCUACAUAAGCUUUUUUGGGCAAUUUCUGUAAGUGUGUGUGUUAUUUAUGAAUCAGGAAGGCAAUGCAAUUGAGAGUUGAUUUCGAAACACUCAAAGUGUGAAGAAUAGUCAGUAUCACUGUAUUUUUUUCAUCUCUCCUUUGUCUCUUCUUGAGGUCACCAGAGGUUACUCUGAGUUCAGGACCGAUCGGCACUAUCAGGGAUCGAGAUGUAUGUGGAAAUCGCUUUCAGAAAGCAGCUAGUCAUCAGAUUCAUGAGGAUAUCUGACCAGUGUUCCUGGCAGCAAAAUAACAGUGCUGCAAUCUGCACCAGUAUCUCUGUCCAACUUCAGCUAAGAGAGAGAGAUGUGCUUAAGAUAAGUACGUACAGGGUAAAACCUGGUCAUGCACUUUGUUCUCAGCAUGAGAUCAUUUUUUCAGUUGUAUGUACCAUUUUAAUACACUUCUAGAAAGGGAUUGAUUGAAUAGCGUUUUAAUCCCACUACAUAUUAGUGCUGCUUAGUGAAUCAUUUUUAAGAAAGUGGCCUAUAUGGUUUCGUCCACAGUGGCAUUUUGUCUAGUUGAAAUGCCUGUGCUAACUAAUUGAACCUGUGUCCUAUCUUCUCUGUUGCCUCUCAUUCACUCUCAUUCCUUUCUGCACUUGCAGUGCAUUUAUUCCACUUUUUUUUAUUUGUUUGAUUUGAUUUUUUCAUUCCACUUUUUUGAUUUGUCAUGUUUUUGCGCACUAUGCUAAACCUUUGUAGCUAAAAACAAUUUGCGUGUUUUUUUUAAUAUAAUUUGAACAUUUAAUCUCUGCUUCAUAGCUAAAAAUUACUGUAAUUUAACUUUUUAUACUAAAUUAUUUUUAAGAGAAUUUAUGAAUGGUCAGUGUUAAAGUAUAUUUUCAUUCCAUAAUACACCUUCUUUUUUUCUUUUUUUUUACAAAAUUAGAACUGCUGUUUUUAAAGUAAAUACACUCUGGUUCAAAAGUUUGGAGUCAGUAAUUUU